AUGGAGGAAGGCUCAACCAUUUUGACGAUGGAAAGUGGGACGCCGGACGAUUCUUCCCAGGUCAAGCCCCGUGUCUGGAGAUGCUUAAACUGCCAAUUAAAACAUAUCCGCUGUGAUGGGGCCCUGCCAGUUUGCAGUACAUGUUUGCAGAAGGAUCGAACAUGCCAAUACCCCCAAUUUUCUGCACCCGCUGCGAAACCCAAUGUUCGCCAGCUGGCCUCUAAAAAAAGAGCUUUCAGCGCCUGUCUCGUAUGUAGAGCUGCGAAAAGGAAAUGCUCCGGAGAAACACCUGUAUGUGGACCGUGCCGAAAACGAGGUCUCGAGGCAAAUUGUGAAUAUGAUUCUACUACAUCCUUGCAACGAAAGCGUCCAGAACCACAUCGUGCAUCUUAUCCAGAAUCUCCUUCAGAUGAACGCCCAUCCAAACAGCCCCGGAUGUCUCUCCCGACAGUUCUUAAGGAGACUAAUGGAAUCCAAAAGCAACAGGUACAGCCACGGCUACGCCGACGCGAAAGCCCCAGCUUCCAGCUCCUGGGAGCAAUUUCUGAGACACCACCUGAAACAGACAAGUCCCACGAGGGCGAUGAUGAGGGAUCGUUCAUUCAAGGUGAUGAAAGCCUGGAAAGCCCACGGGGCUUUCAACCGCCUAUAUCUCCCCUUGCAGGACCAUCUGCCACACAAGCCCCAGAUAUCUCCUCUGUAGGUCAAGAAUCUGGUGAUUCCGAUGGAUCUGAAGAAGUUGAUGGCAGAGAACCAUACUCGGAUUCCUCUGACAACGAAACGGAAGUGGAUGAUCCCGACCUCUUUCUUCCGGGAGUCCGGCAAGCUGUUUUCCAGAGAACUGGUGUCGCAAAACCAGGAAGUACACUUGAGUCUGAUCGAGAGCUAAAGCGAUUAACCAAAGUUACAAAUCGGAAGACAAAAUUAUCAACAUUGUCAACAAAUUCGACGAAUCUUAGAUUUCCUCACCGUAUUGUUGCCAAUAAGUUAGUCUCUGCCUAUCUUUCACGGGAGUUUGUGAAUUUGCCAUUAUUUCAUCGAAACACUUUCACCCACCGGUAUGAGAAGCUGUGGAGGAAUAUUGAACUGUGGGACUCAGAAACAGAAGUUUCUCAUGAGGAUUGUUUGUUUAUUGGUCUUCUUUUCGGAGUGUUCGCCAUUGCAGCCCUGUUAUGCAAUCCAGGCCACCUUGAGGAUGCUGAACAGUACUUCGCGCGCGCACAAAACCUUGUAUUUCUGAAUGGAAUAGAAAAAGGAGGUAUUCUAAACAUUCAGGCCUAUCUAGUUCUAGCCCAGUACCUUAUUGCAGACAAUAACCUACCAGUUGCCUGGAAGUUUGUGGGACUAGCCAUUCGUGCAGCGCAGUCCCUGCAUCUGCAUCUUGUUACUGGAAGCCACCACUUGGCUCUGAGGGACAACCAAGAAUUAUCAAGACGAGUUUGGCAUUGCUCACUGAUGCUAGAACGCAUUAUCGCCAUGAAGAUGGGCAUUUCAACUCUAACGAAACAUUCUUUUGAAACCCCUCUCCCCGUCCCAGGAGACAAUGACUAUAUCGACCACCUCUCAACCAAUGAACCCGCGGACCGGAAUCCGACAAUUGACCGCCCCUCAAUCAUCGAAUUCUUUAACAACUCAGCGCGCCUCUACGACCGAUACAGUGACCUCAUCACCAUCCAAGAGGAACUCCGACUAACCGAACAUUGUAGCGCACGCAAGAAACUUGAGGUUUUUGAUCCCUCACCACUCAUAGCUGUCGAUCAGUCCCUCGCCAACUGGCAAUCAGGGUUGCCACCUUUUCUACACCCAAAUACAGACGUUAACUCAAUAAAGAACCUCCUAGCAAUGCGUCAGCAUAAAAUUCUCCGCAUCCGCUACCUCCACAUGCGUCUCCUCCUGUGGCGCCCGCUAUUGGCCAUAGUUGCAGCUGCCUCCCCGGACAUUGACGCGCGCUCAAGAAUGCAAGAAGCAACCUCACAGCGACCCUUGACUCACAUAAUCGCGCAUGAAAGUGCUGUAAAAUGUGUCCUCGCCGCAGCGGAGAUAAUCAAUAUCAUCGACGAAGCCGAGAGGAGCCGCGGUACAGAUAUCACAAAUGAAUACGACGCCCUCUCCAUCCCGGCAAUUUGGGAGACUACGGGAUAUGUGUUUGCGUGUGCACAAGUUUUUAUUGCAGCCCGUAGGUGCCCCAGGGGUGUAAUUGAUGACCUUGGAGGGAUGCAAAUGAUUAGGGAAGGGGCAUGGACAAGUAUUGAGUUGAUGAGGAAGUACUCACUCAUUUGGCCCAGGGCCAACGCGUGCUUGAAAGCAUUGGAGAAGUUGGAUAUUCUUUUCACACCUGGAAGGGAUGAGUGUAGAGGUGGACCGCGUGAUGGCGGGUUAAGUGACUUGUCGUGGUUGGAAUGCCUGCCGAUUGACCUACAAGUCUAA